CUGUCGGCGCAGCUGUGUCACGGCGUCAGUGGCGUCCCAGUGGCGCGGCUGUGCACAUCGCCACCCGCUUGGCUCCCAGUUGACAGGCGGCCGGUCAGCUCGCUCCGAGACAUGGGGCGCUACAACGGCAAGACCUGCCGCCUCAUCUUCAUGCUCGUCAUGACGACGCUCUUCUUCCUCGCCGAGCUGGUGUCCGGCUACCUGGGCAACUCCAUCGCGCUCGUGUCCGACUCGUUCAACAUGCUGUCCGACCUCAUCUCGAUCUGCGUUGGCAUCUUCGUCCUGCGCCUCGCCCGCUUCCAGCGCUCGCCUCGCUUCACGUACGGACUGCCGCGCACCGAGGUGCUGGGCGCCCUGGGCAACACCAUCUUCCUCACGGCCCUGUGCUUCACGAUCUUCGUGCAGGCGCUCACGCGACUGAUGGAGCCGCAGAAGAUCUCGGACCCGGAGCUGGUGCUGAUCGUCGGGGCGCUCGGGCUGGCCAUCAACAUCGUGGGGCUCAUCAUCUUCCAGGAGUGUUGCUUCUGCAAGCCGCCGGACGGGGGCGCCGAGGAGACCCGGCUGCGCGACGGAGAGGACAGCGAAGCAGGUGCCAUCACCAUCAGCAGCAUCCAGCUGGACAGCCGAGACCAGAAGAAGGACGAUGGCCCAGCUACUGUGGCCUUGAAUAUCCGAGGUGUCCUGCUCCAUGCGCUGAGUGAUGCCCUCGGCUCGGUGGUGGUGUUGGUGACUGCCACUGUCUUCUAUAUAUGGCCCUUGUCAUCUGAGUCUCCAUGUAACUGGGAGUGCUACGUAGAUCCCAGCCUGUCCAUUAUCAUGGUCAUCAUCAUCAUGUCGUCGGCCAUUCCUCUCCUCAAAGAGACGGCUAGCAUUCUGCUGCAGAUGGUGCCCAAUGGAGUCGACGGCAAGAAGAUUGGUGAGGCUCUCCAGCAGGUGCCCGGCGUGCAGGGCGUUCAUGAGCUGCACAUGUGGGAGCUGGCAGCAGGGCGCAAUGUCGCCACAGUCCAUGUGAAGAGUGCCAACCUGGCGGCUUUUCAGCACGCUGAGCACCAGAUUCGCGAGAUCUUCCACCAAGAGGGGAUUCACUCCACGACCAUCCAGCUUGAGCUGACCCACCAGGACAAGCCCAGCAAGGCCGCCCUUCUCUGCUCGGCCGCCUGCCUGUCCCAGGAGUGCCAGAGCCAGAUGUGCUGUCACACGGCCCCCAGCGCCUCGGGAUGUGACGUCAGGGGCUACGUGGAGAUCGGCAGUGACCCUCCCGAGGACUUUGUGAAUGGGAGUGUGCUGAGCCCACCAGACGAGGUGAUGAUCCUGCCAGAGUCCGUCGACCAGGCCCCCAAGAACACAGAUGUCCUGAGGAGUACUCACCUGUAAGGGGUGCUGUGUGGAGAGGACCCAGAGACCCCAGAGAGGCAAAUGAAGGAGAUGACAAGCCACCAGAGCAGGGGUGACGAUAACUGAAUGUUUGAAAUUCAGGAGACCACACCAUCAUGAUGUCCUUAACAAAGGGGGAGACCUGAAGCACUCAAGUCAGUCCUCUUGACCCAAUGUGACCCACACUGUCACCAGCUGUACCAGUAUCCCCCAUGCCAGCCCUGGCCCAUCUACCCCAUGCCCUGCCCCCUAUGCCCAGUGGCCUACGCUGCUCAUGUGCUGCUGUCUUUUUGAUACCCGGCCCCCAACUGGCCCCCCCACUGCCACAUCCUCUACACU